CCUUAGGCUGCUUAAGAUGAACUUGACUUUGUUUAAUUUGUUUGUAUAUUUAUUUCAGUGUUAUUCGAGCACCCAAUGUAUAGUAAAUCAUCAACUAUAUUCUCCUUGAAGCACAAUUUGAAAUUGAGUACAACAAAAACGCAUACAAGAAAAAAUGUCGGAGAUUAAUAAGGGAUUUUAUCCGGAAGAUUUUAAAAAGCAGACACUUGGGUUAUGUGCCUGCCGUAAAAGAGAAAACGGUGAAAAUGUCUGUGGUGAACUCACCAAGAGAAUUUCUUGCAGUCGACCAUGCUGGAAAGGAAACAUUUUGGAGAAAUUGCCAUUUAUUGGAAUUCUGCGAGAAUAUAACUUGAAGACAGAUUUGCUUUUGGAUAUUUUAGGCGGCCUUACAAAUGGCAUUAUGCACAUUCCGCAAGGUAUGGCUUUUGCGAGUCUGGCGUCUCUCCCGCCCGUUGUUGGUUUGUACGUCUCAUUCUUUACUCCAAUCGUUUACUUCUUCCUAGGGACAUCAAGACAUAUUUCUCUUGGUACGACGGCCAUUACAUCGCUGCUUGUAGGAAAUGUCGUAACUCGAGGGGUCUCAAGACAUUUGGGGCCAACUGUUGCACCGAACGAAACAACCGGUAACAUAUCUUCAUAUGUAGAUUGGUCUGACGAGGAAACGCUACAAAUUUCCCUUGCUGUUGGAUUAGCCCUCCUGACUGGCUUGAUUCAGUUGGCAAUGGGAUUAUUCCACCUUGGGUUUGUUACGGCCUAUCUGUCAGAUGCUGUUCUCAGUGGAUUCACCACUGCCGCGGGGUUUCACGUAUUCACGAGUCAAGUGAAGGACAUUUUUGGUAUCAAGAUUGGAAGAUACUCUGGCCCAUGGAAGCUCAUAUACACAUACCGAGAUAUAGUGCUGAAUAUAGUGAAUACUAAUGUCGCUACGCUCAUCACCAGUGCUAUAUGUAUUAUAGUUCUCCUGUUAGUUAAAGACUGUAUCAAUCAACGAUUCAAGUCAAAGAUGAGGAUUCCGAUUCCAAUAGAACUGUUUGUGGUGAUUGGUGCAACGGUCGUGUCAUAUUUUGCAAAACUGAACCAUCGCUACGGCGUAGCAGUAGUAGGAUAUAUUCCAAAAGGGCUUCCGGCCCCAAGUUUGCCAGAUUUACAAUACGCAGGCGAGUACAUCCCAGAUGCGUUUGUCAUUGCAAUUGUUGGUUAUUCAAUUCAUAUGGCACUUUCUAAGCUGUUUGCUAAAAAACAUGGGUACGACGUGGACUCGAACCAGGAGUUAAUCGCUAUGGGAAUGACAAAUGUAUCGUGUAGUUUCUUUAGCUGUUAUACAUCAGCUUGUUCCAUGUCCAGAACAUUAGUGCUUGAAUCUGCAGGCGGAGUAACACAGAUAUGCGGUCUGGUGUCGUCAAUUCUUGUAAUGGUUGUCCUGUUGGCACUGAGUGGUCUAUUGUAUGAACUGCCAAAGUGUGUUUUAGCAUCCAUUGUCAUGGUUGCUGUCAAAAAUAUGUUCAAACAAUUUAGCGAACUAAAGAGAUUGUGGUUUUUCUCAAAGAUUGAUGGCAUGGUUUGGUUUGUCUCGUGGAUAGCUACAAUACUACUAGACACCGAUCUAGGGCUUUUAGUCGGCGUUUCCUUCUGCAUCCUAACUCUAAUCUUUAGAAUGCAAUGGCCGGAAGCUGAUAUGAUGGGUAGUAUUGAAGCAAUGGAUCAAUCGUACAGGGAAAUUAAACAAAGCGAGAAAGUCAAGGCUCUCCCUGGUAUAAAGAUAUUCCGAAUUGAUUCUCCACUCUGCUUCAUGAACCGUGAACAUUUCCAGCGACAUCUUUACGAAGAUACAAACUGUAAUCCAGCAUUGAUCAAACUCAAGAGAGACAACGCUGAAAAAAUAUCAAGAAAAAACAAUCCGAGUAACUUAUCGGUGAUUCAAACAGAAAACGACAAACACGUGACAUACUCGAAUGGUAUCAAUGGACAUGUAAAUGCUGGGUUUAAUGAUGAUAUCUGUAAAACAGAACCACAGGCCUCUUGCGUUACAAUUGAUCGUGGUGCUAUAUCAAGUGAAGAUGAAGUAACUCAUGUGAUAGUUGACUGUUCUGCUAUGGGUUUUAUAGACUCUGGUGGUAUCUCCGUAUUAAAUCUGGUCAUCGAGGAGUAUAAGGAGGUCGACAUUAAAGUAAUUUUGGCCGGCUGUAUAGAUUCGGUGAUAAGAAUUUUGGUCCAGGAUGAUUUCUUUGAGAAACAUGGAACGAGUAUACUGUAUCUUUCACUCGACGACGCCGUGAAAUCCUUAGUGCUAAGUAAACGUCACAUGCCUGCAUUAAAUGACUCUGGAGAUGAUGUAAACGAAGACACUCGGAUGUGAUAUGAAAAGGGUUAUAGGCUUAAAAACAAUAACAUAAAUGAUAGUCCCGACGUAGCCUUUAAACGAAAAUGGACUUUAGAAAUAGUUGUGUCUCGGCAUAAGACAUGACAAAUUCUAUGAGCCAAAACUUAUCUACAUGUGAUUUAUUUAACUUUACUUAGAAGUGUGUCUCAAUGAAGAUAUCUGACGUCAUGACAGAGCAUGGAUUUUGUCUGAAUGUCGAAAAGGCCACCAGGACUACAUUAUUUAUAUUGCUGGCUAUAAUCGUGUGUCGCCAAUAUAUUAUUUAGAAAUGUCUUCCAAUUUGAUUUGUAUGUUUGUAUCAUAACAUUGUUAAAGAUUAUACAAGUUCAUUUAAAAUUUGUUGUUUAUAUCUUUUUGACUAUUGUAAUUGA